GUUCAUAUUUUUAAUAUAUGUUUACGGAAUUUGUCAUUCAUACAUUUGUUUUGAAAUAUUCUUCAAAUUUAUACCAUUUUUAUUAAAUAAUUAAUUUAAAAAAUGAGCACCUUGAGUCGCCCAAAGUCCCCUCAUUCAAGCAAUGCGAUUAAAUCCGGAGAAAAGGAAGAAAGUUUCUGGGACAAGUUUAGUACAUUAGGAAGAAAGAAAGGAACCAAAGAAGUUCAAAAGGUUCAGGAAGAGGGUAAACAUGCAAUAGAUUCACCUGGAGCUCCAAGUCAAUUUGAUAUUCCACCAGAAGAUUAUGCCCUUCGUGAUCAUGAGCAACGCGCUGUAAUUGAUCCACAGUCGAUGAACGAUCCAGAAGUAUUAAAACUUCAACAGAUUUUAAUUGAUUGGAUCAAUGAUGAACUAGCUGAACAGCGUAUUAUAGUUCAAAGUAUAGAUGAAGAUAUGUACGAUGGACAGGUUUUGCAUAAAUUAUGGGAAAAAUUGACUGGGAAAAAAUUAGAUGUAUUAGAGGUGACUCAAUCGGAAGAAGGACAACGUCAGAAACUUAAUAUUGUGUUAAAUGCUGUUAAUCAUACAUUAGGUUUCCAUCAAAAAAUACCAAAGUGGUCUGUGGAAAGCGUUCAUUCCAAGAAUAUAGUUGCUAUAUUACAUCUGUUGGUUGCUUUGGUACGCCAUUUUAGAGCACCUAUUCGCUUGCCCGAAAAUGUAUUUGUUACAGUGGUGAUUGCGCAAAAGAGUGGCGGUGUACUGAAUGCACAAAAAUUCCAAGAGCAAAUAACAUCUGAGUACGAUGAUGUUGGUAUGCGAUGCGAAAAGGAUGCAUUCGAUACUCUAUUUGAUUGUGCUCCUGACAAAUUGGCAGUCGUUAAAAAGUCUCUUAUAACAUUUGUAAAUAAGCACUUAUCGAAGUUAAACUUUGAAAUAAGCGAUUUAAAUAGCGAUUUUCGAGAUGGUGUGUACCUUUGUCUUCUUAUGGGUUUGCUUGGAGGAUUUUUUGUCCCGCUUUAUGAAUUUCAUUUGACUCCACAAGAUACUGAACAGAUGGUCAGUAAUGUUGCGUUUUCUUUUGAUUUAAUGCAGGACGCCGGACUACCAAAGCCAAAAGCACGCCCUGAAGAUAUUGUCAACAUGGAUUUAAAAUCAACAUUGCGUGUCUUAUACAGUUUAUUUACAACUUUUAGAAACUAUGCCUAAAAAUGUGCCUUGGAAAUUUUCUAAUAUUAAUUUUAGAAUAUAUUUUUCACCUUUACUGAACAAUUUUUAGUGAGAUUGUUGAGUAAAAAUAACCAUAUUAAUAUGUUUUUCAAUUUAUAAUUUGAUAUUGAUAUAAACUUUAAGAAGUAAUUGAGCGUAAUGUAUAACUCGCUUCAAAUUUAAACUUGGUUUCUAUGAAUAUUAAUGUUUUGUAACUUACUAUAACACAAUACUAAUGAUAAAUUUUGCAAUUUAAAAAUUUAAUGUAUGUACCUUAAAUAUAAGAAUAUUUAUUUAUUAACAUAAAUUAACAUAUGUGUAUUAUGAAGAUUGUUUUUACGACUAUGAAUUUACUAAUUACAUAUUUAUUUUUUAAUAAAAUAUACAAUGUUACAAAA